UAUAACUCCAAGCAACACAGACGGGCGCCACACUACAGCAGAACCUCACGAUGGCUUCUUUAAACUGUGUACUGAUCAUAGCCAUGCUGGCGGUAGCGUCUGCUUCAGCGUGUUCUCCGCCGUUUGUUGACAUCGACAAUCGCUGUUACUUCUUCCAGCACGAGAUGGCGCUCACCUGGGGAGAAGCUCGAGCGUACUGUCAGGCCAUGGGCGACCGUGUGGAUCUGGCCGUGGUGGAUAGCUGUGAGAGAUUAGGUCUUACCUGGCACUUCAUCGUCAACAACUAUGGACCUCACUGGUACUGGAUCGGUGCUACAGACGCAGGACAUAGAGGUGACUGGGAGUGGGUGACGGGGUAUUCUGUGGCCAUUGGUACGCCUUUCUGGUACCCCAAUCAUCCUAACGCUCAAGGCAGCUGUUUAGCCCUGGAACAUAAAACUGGAUACUUUGUUGAUUUUGAUUGUACCGUCGCUGGCAAUUUCAUCUGUGAGAACUCUAUUAAUGAUUAACUUAAUGGUAAUGUUUAGUGGGUGAUGUUGACAGUGAUUAACUUGUGAUAACCUAACCUAACCUAACCUGACCUGACCUGACCUGACUUAACCAAACCUAACCAAACCUAACCAAACCUAAACUAAGCUAACCCAUCCUAACCUAACUACGACAGCUUCUGGUUUAUAUCAUUCGUAACACAGGACGUUUACUGAUAUGUAUUAUGUAUUAUUUAUGUUAAAAUUGUAUGAAUGAAUAAAGUGAAUAAGAUAA